ACUUGGGGAAGGGGAUAAUUUAAGGGGACUGGUAUAAGUGGUAACCCCUACUGCGUGAGAGGGCCCAGCAGAGGGCGUGAGAGAUCCCCUCUCAGCGCCAGAGCCACUCCGCCUCCAGGGGCUUUGGCCACCGCGUGGCCACCCCCCGAGGAAGAGUUUAAACCCCUCGAUCCGGCCGGAGAAAAAAAAGGGGGACCCGACCCCGCGAAGACCCCCGGUGCCAUGGACCCCCUCAGCCGGGUGAGGUCGCUCCUCGCCGGAGAAGCCGCGCAGGCGAGACCGAGGCUCGAGGCCCGCAGACGCCGGGGUGAGACGGAGACCCCGGUGGGGAGAGGGGCUCGGGCAGACGAGGGGACCCCCGUGAACAAGGGGGUAGAGGAGGGAGCCGCCUCCAUCGCCCUGCAAGUCGUGGUUCCCUUUCUCCUCGCCGGGCUUGGCACGGCCGGAGCCGGCACCGUGUUGGACAACGUGCAGCACUGGGCCGUGUUCCGCGAGCGCUCAGAGUUGUUCAUCCUCGUCCCCGCUCUGCUCGGACUCAAGGGGAACCUGGAGAUGACGCUCGCGUCACGACUCUCAACGGCCGCGAACAAGGGGGAGAUGGAUGGAUCUGGGCAGCGCCUUCUCAUCACCUCCAACAUCGCUCUCAUCCAGCUGCAGGCCACGGUGGUCGGCCUCCUGGCCGCACUCUCCGCGGUGCUGCUGGGCUGGAUGGGGGGCGCGGGGGGAGCGGGGGGCUGGGGCCCCUGGCCCGACCCCGCCCGUGUCGCUCACCUCUGCGCCAGCAGCAUGUGCACGGCCUUCACAGCGGCGCUCGCACUCGGCCUGCUCACUGUGGCGGUGAUCGUGAGUUCGCGCCGCGCCGGCAUCAACCCGGACAACGUGGCGACCCCUGUGGCGGCCAGCCUCGGUGACCUGGUCACCCUGACCCUCCUCGCGCACACCGCCACCUUUCUACAGCACCAUGACGCUGGGCUGCUGCCGGGCGCUGUGUGCCUGGCCGUGGUCCUGCUGGCGCCGCUGUGGGUGGCGCUAGCCUCGCGCUGUCCCACGACCCACGACGUCCUCUACCACGGCUGGACCCCCGUCGUGGCCGCAGUGGCCAUUAGUAGUGUGGGAGGACUGAUUUUAGACAAAACGGUGACGAACCCGGGAUACUCGGGGAUGGCCGUCUUCACUCCCAUCAUCAACGGUGUGGGAGGGAACCUGGUAGCCGUGCAGGCGAGUCGCAUCUCAACUCACCUGCACCUGGGGCACUCACCUGGGCUCCCCACGGGGACCUGGCCCAGCCUCCGAGCCACCUUCUGCGGCCCAGGCGUGAGCUCUUGCUCGGCCCGCGUGCUGCUCUCCCUCGUGGUCCCGGGUCAUGUGACCGUCAUGGCCACCGUGCGGUUCCUGCAGGGGCCCAGCCCCACCCCCCUGGCCUUCAUCCCCCUCUACCUGGGGGCAGCGUUGCUGCAGGUGUGUGUGCUGCUGUGCGUGGCCGCGUGGCUUGUACCUUGGCUCUGGGCCCGUGGCUCGGACCCCGACAGCAGCUCCAUCCCAUACUUGACCGCCCUGGGUGACCUCCUGGGCACGGCGCUUCUCGCCGCCACCUUCCACGCGCUCCAUAACCUCGGCUGGGGGGCCCCCACGCUCUAACAGGGCCCCCCAGCCUGGACCCCUUGCUGACCCCUGUGUGACCCCCUCCCCACCCCCCGGGGUUCCGCUCCACGCCCGCGUUGUUGGUAUCAACCGGGGGAGCGUGUCCCGACCGCCGGUCUGCGUGACCACGCGACCAAUCCAAAGCUGUCUCCACGGUACGUGCGGCAAGCCCACCAAUCAUCCGGCGCGUGCGGCAUGAUCUGCAUCUGAUGGAUGUGACACGUGUGUUAGGCUUUCGCGAUUGAUAUUAUAAUUAAUAAUCUAUUUUUGGGUCAGGGAGAGUGGUACAACGGUACGUUGCACUCCCAAACACAUGGCUGUGUUGCACUACAACACACCGGUGUGCUGCUGAAGCAGUAGCCAACCGGCCACGCUUAGCCGUUUCGGGUGGAGUAGGGUUUUGCGACACACAUUUUAUCUACGCGAUCCGACCCCAAAAAACCCCAGGCUGUGCGAAUGGAGCGAGGUUAUUAAUUUUGAAAGCUUGGGUGGAAAAUAGACGAUGACGAUGAUAGAUCGGAGAGGGAAUUUUACAGUCGAGCAAAGCGAGGGGAAAAACAGAGGGAAGGGAGGUGACCUGCAGUGGCACACCGGUGUGUCGGAGAGCGGCACACCAGUGUAUCGCGCUCUCAACAGAGAGAA